AUGGGCUCCAACAUAGCCGUAUCAAUUUUGAUAUUCAUCAUCAAAGUUGUCGUCACUUUGUACGAUAUCCUCACCAUUCCAGUGUACUACUACGUUCAGAAGCCGUGGAAACGGCAAGCAGCUGCUCAGAGUGCUCGUGCUAAGCAGUUAGAGCCAUCAAAUGUAUACGGCGCCUGGAUGCGAACCACCCAGCCACCAAAGAGCUUAAUUGACGGCUGUGAAAAUGUAAACCAGCUAUUUGACCGCGUCGUCGCCAAGUACGGCAACAAGCAAGCUUUCGGAUACCGACCAGUUUUGGGCGAGUCAAAUGAUGUUCAAUCAAAUGGACGGGUCUUCAAGAAAUACAUCCUCGGCGAUUACGUCUGGAACACCUACAACGAAAUGCAAGAGCGCGUCAACAACUUGUCGUCUGGUUUCCUCCAACAAGGCAUCAAACACGGUGACAUUGUCAUGAUCAUGGCCGACACCUGUCUGCAGUGGAUGAUGUCUGCGCUGGCCCUUAUGAAGAUCGGCGCCACGGUGUCAACACUGUACGCCACUCUGGGCGAGGACGGCAUUGUGCACGGCAUCAACGAGACGGAGGUCACCCACAUCAUCACCACCCAGGAUUUGCUGGGCAAGAUGUUGGCUGUCCUAUCAAAGACUCCACUGAUCCGCCACAUCAUUUACAUUGAGGGCUUCAGCAAGACUGACAAGGCGCAACAGUUCCCCACUGAGGUGAAGGUUGUUCCCUUCUCAAAGGUGGAGGAGCAAGGAAAAUCGGUGCCGUUCCCGUCAAUGUACCCCAAAUCGAAGCCCAGCGACACUGCUAUCCUCAUGUACACCUCAGGAAGCACCGGGGUGCCCAAGGGCGUGAUGCUGUCUCACCAGAACGUCCUCAGCUCUGCCGCCGCCUACAGCAUCAUCUCACAUGCGCUCUCCGAGAAGGACUCCUACCUCGCCUACCUUCCACUCGCUCAUGUGCUCGAGAUGGCGUCAGAGUUCUUUUUCAUGUCUCUCGGCAUGAGCAUCGGCUACGGAUCACCUCUGACGAUGACGGACAAGUCGACUGGCAUCAAGAAGGGCUGUCCGGGAGACUUCUCUGUGCUGAAGCCAUCCAUCGCAACCGGUGUGCCCCUGGUGCUGGACCGAAUUCGCAAGGGAAUCACCGAGGAGAUCGACAGCAAGGGCGCCUUUGCUAAGCAGCUCUUUGAGUUUGUCAUCAGCUACAAGCGUCACUGGACCAAGCAAGGCUACCGCACUCCAAUCGUCAACUUUCUGGUCUGCAAUAAGAUCAAGCAGAUUCUCGGUGGCCGAUUGCGCCUGAUGGCUGUGGGUGGAGCGCCACUCGGCCCGGAGACUCACGAGUUCAUCGACGCCUGCCUCGACAUUGAGAUCCUGCAAGGCUAUGGCCUGACUGAGGUGGCCGCUGCUGGCACGCUCAUGGACCUCACCGAGCUUUCCUCUGGCCGUGUGGGCGCCCCGCUGGGCGGCGUCCGUCUCAAGCUGGUCGACUGGCUGGAGGGCAAUUACCGGGUCACUGAUAAGCCCUAUCCACGCGGCGAAAUAGUGCUCGGCGGACCGAAUGUCAGCAAGGGCUACUACAAGAAUGACCAGCUCACCAAGGAGUCGUACUUUGACGAGGAUGGCACUCGAUGGUUCUACACUGGAGAUAUCGCAGAGAUCUACCCGAACGGCACUGUCAAGAUUGUAGAUCGCCGAAAGGACCUGGUGAAGCUUCAAUUUGGCGAGUACAUUUCUCUUGGCAAAGUCGAAGCUGAACUCAAGUGCUCCACUUAUGUCGACAAUAUUUGCGUAAUUGGCGACUCAUUCCACGACCAUCUGAUUGCCCUGAUCGUGCCUAAUCCCAAGGCGAUUAGCCAGCUGGCCGCAAAGCUGGGCAAAGAGGGCAUGAGCUACGAAGAGAUGUGCCGAGAUGCUGAAAUCACCAAAGUAAUCACCAAGGAUAUCAUUGACUACUCGCUGAAACAAAGACUGAACAAGAUGGAGAUUCCAACGAAGAUUAAGCUCUGCUCUGAUGACUGGCUUCCCCAGUCUGGCCUCGUGACGGCAGCACUGAAGAUUCGCCGAAAGAACAUUCAUGACUUUUACAAAACGGAAAUUCGCUCUCUCUACGGAAUCAACUCUGUCUCCAAGUCAACAUAG